AUGAAAGUUUCGGUAUUAUUAUCAUUGAUUACUUUGGUAACCAGUAAGAAUGUUUUAAAAAUUGAUUUCGAUCUCCAUAGAGGUGACGACAAGAAACAGAUGCAAUUGGGAGGUAAGCCAUAUUUUAAACGAGAUUCUUUUACUAUGCAAUUGACUAAUGAAAAGACUUUUUAUGUCACCGAUUUAGAAAUUGGUUCCAAUGGUGAUAAGGUAAAAGUGUUAGUAGAUACGGGGUCAUCUGAUUUAUGGAUCCCAAGUAAUGAUGUGGAAUGUUAUGCUCCAUCGUAUUACAAAAGAGAUUCCAAGACUUCUAAGAGAGACAGAAUGCAUGUUGGUGAUGUUUUGGUGGAUGCUAUUAGUGGAAAAUCUGGCGAUGAAACUUUACUCAAGAACAUUCAUGUCAAAGCUGAUGGUGACGAAGAAGAAGAUGAAAGUUCAUCAACCGGAACAGAAACUUCGGAAUUCGUCUUUGCUUCUGUAGCUCCUGGGCAAGGUAUAAACACAAGAAAUUCCAGUAGAAGAUCAACUUCAAUUAGAGCCUCUGCUACUGCUGACUCUGCCUCGGCCAGCGAAACUAAUGCCUGUAUUACUUACGGUUCAUUUGCUACUGGUGAGUCUGAUACUUUCAAGAAGAAUGAUUCCGCUCCUGCAUUCACCAUUGAAUACGCAGAUGGUACUGGAGCUACGGGUAUUUGGGGUACUGAUAACGUUAAAGUCAGUAACACUACUGUUAGUGGGUUAAGUUUUGCUGUUGUUAAUGAAACAUCUUCCGAUGUUGCUGUCUUAGGAAUUGGAUUAGCAGGUAUGGAAAUGACUUAUGAUCCAACCAAUGGUCGUCGUAGCCGUUAUCAGUAUGAAAAUUUACCCCUUAAAUUACGUAGUGAGGGUAUCAUCCAAAGAGCCGCCUAUAGUUUAUAUUUAGGAAGCAAUGAUGCUGAAACUGGUACAAUUUUGUUUGGUGCUGUUGAUCAUGCCAAAUAUGAAGGUACUUUGAAAUCAGUACCAAUCGUCAAUACGUUGGAAGAUUACGGUUAUGUUGAUGCCGCACGUUUGGAAAUCAAUAUCGAUAGUGUUAACUUGAAGAAUUCUUCAGGUGAGGUGGCUGUCAACUAUUACAAAUAUCCUGCUUUACUUGAUACUGGUUCAACUUUAUCAUAUUUCCCAUCAGCAGUUUUAAGUAAACUCGCGGAUCAAUUAGCUUUAAGGUACAAUAGUUAUUAUGGGGCUUACCUUAUUGAUUGUGAUUAUGAUAAUGAAGGUUCGAUCGAUUUCGAUUUCAGUGGAGUUAAGAUCAAUGCUCCAUUAAACGAUUUCGUUUACGAAACCAAUACCACUUCGAGUUGUUUCUUUGGUAUUCUUCCAGGUUACAGUACUUAUUUCUUAUUAGGUGAUAACUUUUUGAGAAAUGCUUAUGUCGUUUACGAUUUAGAUGACUUGACUAUCUCAUUGGCUCAAGUUAAACAUACUGAUGAAGAGGAUAUUGAAAUUAUUGAAUCAUCCAUCCCAAAAGCUGAUUCUAUCUCAACAGCUGAAACUGAAGCUUUCACCGGUUAUGUCACCAACACAAAUUAUGAAACUACAUAUGCUGAUUACUAUUAUUCAGGAACCAGAAAUUAUGGGUCUUCUUCAAGGACAUCUGGUUCAAGAAGUACAAGUGCAGGAGGUGGUGCCUCAAGUCCUAGAAUUUUAUUCGAUGGAGGUUAUAGACCAUUCAACACUGUUGGUAUUUUGGUUUUAUCCUUCUUAUUGGGCUUAUUAUUGUCUUUAUAG